AUGCGUGGCCCCCCGGCCGGUCGCCUAGAGCGAGCAACGGUCGGCGCCCGUCCUGCAAAGAAGCUCCCGAGGUGCGGAUCGUUCGAUAUCAAGAAGUGCGUGAAUUGGCAGCCUCGGCUCGAAUCCUGCACGCGGAGAGUGGCGAGCAGGCCUCUCUUGGAUGAUGAUGAAGCAGAGGAAUAUUGGAGCGAACUGCUGCGCGCAAACACGACGAAGAAGCACAAGCAGCAGCAGCAGCAGCAGAAGAAUGAGGAAGAAGAAGAAGCGCAGGACGAGGAAGAGGAGGAAGAGGAAGAGGACGCUCGUAGUGACGAGGAAAGAAAGAUACGACGACGAGGCUCAACGUGCUGCCCGCCGUCCCGGCCUACGGAUCCAAAUAUAGAAGGGGCGGAGCGCACAGCGGACCACAACAACACAAAAAGGGCUUUUGCUCGUAUUCUCGCCCAGUUCAGGUCAGGUCGGGUCAGGUCAGGUCGGGUUGGGUCGGGUCGGGUCGGGUCGGGUCGGUCAGUCGGUCCUCCUGCCCCUUUCCUCCGUAGCCAGCCCGAAACUAGGGGGAACAAGUCCGCCAUGGCCUCCCGACAGCAAGUACCGCCUUGGGUACGGUUGCCCGCCUGCUGCCCUUCGCCUUCCCUGCACCCUGGACCCUGCCCGUUCGAAUCGGCCGAAAUUUCGAAAUUGAGCGAAAUGGGACGAAAUGAGGAGAAAUGGGGCGACAUGGGGCGGAGAGGAGCGGGCCGCGUAAGGUCGCCCGCCCGCGGGACGGUAGGAGGGCGGGACCCAAGACAACAACAGACCAACAUCGACAGAUCCUCUCGCCUCAUCCCCUCCAACGUCGUCUGUCCGUCUGCCUGCCUGCCUGCAACGCACGCCCGGAUCGUGUCAGACAACGACCGGUGGGUCGCUCGCGGUCGGUCGCGCUCCCUUCGCUUCACACCGGCACCUGCCGGCGCCGGGUCCCCAUCAUUCUUCUCCACCGGGAAACUGCCUCCCGCUAAAUAA